UGCACACAGACGCUCGCUUUACCUCUCGCUGGCUCAGUCCUGUGCGGGGAGGAAGAGGACGGAUUGAGACAUAUCUCUCUGCAUCUCAAGCUACCUUUCCUUAUGCUGGGUUAAUGUGAGGAGUCUGUCUGCGUUCUCUCUCUCUCUCCCAUCUCGGAGGAUUCUGCUAUAGAGGUCAGAUGUCUGGUGAGAACGUCCUGUCUUCUCCAAUAAACUGAAACUGGCAUGAUGUCACAGCUCUUGCACAUGGAGAUCCCAAACUUUGGCAGCACGGUUCUGGACAGCCUAAACGAACAGCGGUUGCUGGGCCAGCACUGCGAUGUGGCCAUCAUGGUCAAUGGACAGGCCUUCAAGGCCCACCGUGCCGUGCUGGCGGCCAGCAGCCUGUACUUCCGUGAUUUGUUCAGCGGUAGCACCCAGACUCUCUUUGAGCUGCCCUCGUCGGUGGCCCCAUCUUGUUUCCGGCAGAUCCUGUCAUUCUGCUACACGGGCAGGAUGACAGUGAGUGCCAGCGAUCAGCUGAUGGUCAUGUACACUGCAGGCUACCUUCAGAUCCAGAACAUUGUGGAACGAGGAAUGGACCUCAUGUUCAAGACCAGCGCUCCAUACUGCGACUCCCAGACAUCUGCCACAGACGAUCCCCCCAGCCCAAACAACAACAACAACUCCUCCCUGUUGCUAGGUGACCACACAACUGUCUGCAAGAUCAAGGAAGAGAAGCUGGAGACCUCGGUGUGUGCUCAGAGCGCAGAGCAAAAGCAUGCUGAGGAGGACAGGGGCACAAGGGGCAGAUCUUCAAGGAUGAGCACUCUUUUCUACAACGGUGGAGGUGGGAACGGGGUAAUACCUGUGAUGCAUCCCUAUGAGCACUCCACCAGGGAUCACGCCAGCCCUGGAGCCUCAAGCCUCCCAACCACAGACAGUCCAACGUCACAUCAAAAUGAGGAGGAGGAUUUUGAGGAUGACUCAUACGAGAGCCUAACAAAUGGAAAGAUCUAUGGGGGCACGGCCAGUCUCUUUGGCAUACAAGAAAAGAUGGAGGUGUCCUCCCUACCUCUGUCCUUGGAGAACCGCUUCUGUGUGCUGCUGGGAGGAGACAGAGAGGCUCUGCCCGCUGGUCUCAUUAGCCAGAUCGGCUACCGUUGCCACCCUGCUCUCUACACAGAGGGCGACCCUGGAGAGAGGCUGGAGCUUAUUGGAGGAUCUGGUGUCUUUAUGACGCGUGGUCAGCUGAUGAACUGUCACCUCUGCGCUGGGGUCAAGCACAAAGUCCUGCUGAGACGCCUCCUAGCUGCUUUUUUUGACAGGAACACACUUGCUGACAGCUGUGGUACAGGAAUUCGUUCUUCUAACUGUGAUCCAAACCGCAAACCACUGGACAGCCGCAUCCUCAACACGGUCAAACUCUACUGUCAGAACUUUGCCCCUAACUUCAAAGAGAGUGAAAUGAAUGUGAUUGCCGCAGACAUGUGCACAAACGCCCGGAGAGUUCGUAAACGCUGGCUCCCCAAGAUCAAGUCCAUGCUCCCAGAAGCCAUCGAGGUGUACAGGGGGACUGCAGUCCUAGGCCAGGUGGAGGGAGCCACCCAGCCAAGUGGUGGUUUUCCAUUUGAGUCAGAGUUCAAACACCUGACAGCAUCAAAUCUGACUCUGGAGCAGCAUCUCUAUGGAGACUGCAGAGAGACACUGAGGAACAGCUCUCACUUCACAGGAGUCAGUAUAGAAGAGAGAUCCAAAGGUGAAGCAGCCAAGCCUGAGCCAGGGCAAGCCAGAGAGUCAGACAACCCACAGGACUUUGAGAGGCUUCCAGAGAGUCCUGAGAGAGCGGCCAGUGUGCUCGCCCUAAACCCAGCCAGCAAGAAAGGAGAAAAAGAGCGGGCAGCCAGCAGCCCCAGAACACAGAGAGGAACAGAACAGACAGAGACCACAUAAAGAGGAUCAGUGACUUCUUCCUCUUCACAAUAUUAUAAACUGGUCUGCAGCUUCUCACAUUAAAAAGGAUCACUAUCACUAAUGGCAAAUCUCCCAUGUCGCUGAACACACAGUGGCCCCAAGACGUAUUGAGACACUUAAGCCAGGCUUACAAAAUGUAUGAAUGUCUUAGCAUUACAGUAUGUAACAAAAUAUUAAACCAAUUUAUUUUUAAAGAAAUAUAGCACAAAAAAGCACUUUUCAAGCAAAAUAUUUUACAAAAAGAAGUUGAAGUCUCAAAUUAGAAAAAAGAUAUAACAUUAAAAAUGAAAACAAUGAGUAUUGGGACACUUUCUGGUUGUCAAAAGUUGUGGAACAUGUUCAAAGUUAAUAUGAUGAACAACACAGUUACUCUGCUAGGACACAUGUGUGAACUUGAGCUCAUACAUUUACUAAAAUCACUUUGAGAUCAGUUGGUUUUAAGUAAAUGCAAAAAUGUCUAAGUUAGUUCUGAGAAACAGUCUAGCUUAGUUUUUUUUUUUCAAGUACCACUUGGAUACAGUAUAUCUAUAUCUAUAUAUCUAUAUUUAUCUAUCUAUCGAUCUGUCUAUCUAUCUAUCUAUCUAUCUAUAUCUAUAUCUAUAUCUAUAUAUAUAUAUAUAUAUAUAUAUAUAUAUAUAUAUAUAUAAUGCAGUGUAUUCAUACCUUUUUUUAAAUGUGACUUAAAUGUCCAAAUACUACUUGUGGCAACUUGAACAUAAACGAUGCAUGAUCAUGGGAACUAGACAUUUAACAAUAUUUUCCAGGAUUAAUUUGAAACUCUGCAUCAAAUAUAAGAAAUUGUAAGGAUCUUACAUGGAGUCAUUUAGCAUAAAUACAGUUACAUAAACAAACCCCGUACAUUAAGGGCAGUCUGCAGUUUGUUUUAUAUUUUUAUUUUUUUAUGAAUGCAUGUUACUCAUAACCUCUGGCAUUUCUUAUACUCUUGCCAAUUAAAGAAACAAAUGGAUCAUGGACUUCUGCAUGGCAAAAACAAGUGCAGGACAAAGGCUCUCUUUAAUAUAACACAGCAUACAUGCUUCAGAAAUCAGAAUUAUACUGCUUUUGGACUCCGGUAGAAGAGAGUGGUUGCUAUGUGUAAAGCUGACUAUGGGACUGCUGAGUUCAGUACAGUAAGGGAAGCUGAACCAAGAACAACAGUUCUCUAGAGAGUACGCUAGACUCUCAGUUUUCCCCUCCCAAGCUUUUUAAUCUCACUCUCAUUCUCAAGCUGCUGUAUAGUAAAUGCUUGCCAGUUUUUUGCACAGCAGCUGGCCUGGACAUUUGAAACACAAUUGUAUGAUGUUUUUCGGAAGUGAAAUAAAGGAAAGGAUUAUUUU